AUGGGAACUCUGCGAAAUGUAGCUCUGAUCGUUCUGGCGAUAUCCUUUGCGACGUUUGUCGCUCUUUUUGGGCGACUCCCUGCUUUAAAGAAGACGCCAGUCGGUUUCCUCUACAAAAUCAUCUGGGUUUAUCUUCCCAGUGGGAUUGCCUAUGUGGAUUCUUCUUUACUGGGCGGCCGAUUCUUGCGAUUCUGGCGUAGGUCUGGCAGGUACUUACUACGAGAGAAUCAUCCAUUGGUCUUGAUAUUCUUUAUUGCCCUACUGUCAGGAUCGGAGUCGCAUCGGCUGUGUGUAAUGAUAGCCAUCACACUGCCAUAUCUUAGCUUGUAUGCCUGCGUCGUAACAAAAUCGUUCGUCACAAAAGAGAAUCUCGACAGGGAAAUGACGCACUAUCCUUACGAUCGAGUUCUGUUUCAUCCAGGGCAUCUAUGUCGGACCUGUCACCUUCCCAAGCCACCUCGAAGCAAACACUGCAGGAUCUGCAAUGCGUGUAUCUCCAGACAUGAUCACCACUGCAUAUGGUUAACUAACUGCGUCGGCCGACACAACUACCAUUACUUCAUGUCACUUUUGGUAUCAACAUCAGUUCUCUUAUUGUACGGCGUGUACUUGGGUUACACCCUUUUGGAUGGAACUCUACAAGAAAUCAUGCCACCGAUCACAGGAUCCACGGGGCACUGGAGCAAGAACGUUAGUUGGUCAGCGUUCUUCAAUAUAUGGGGAUCGGUUAUAUUGGAGGACAUUCGCAUCGGUGCUAUAUUCCUCCUGGCGCUGAUGACGGCGCCUCUCGCUGUUGGAUUUUUCUUAUACCAUCUCUAUCUGAUCUGGGCCGGAAUGACAACGAACGAGAACGCGAAGUGGGGAUACUGGAGAGACGAUAUAGAAGAUGGCUUUGUUUUCAAGGCCAAAAGAAGUGAGAUCUAUGGGGAACCUGGACCGGAAAAUGAGUCUCCUGCGCCCCGUACAUCCUGGCCUGCGCACAGUGAUCAGCUGUUGGCUAUCACGGAUGGUGAAUCACCGAAAGCGGGAUACAUGCUAUCCUCACGAUCGAAUUCAGUCAUUCAACCGGAUGACCAGAAUGCACCCGUCGAUCCUAGGUGGGUUCGAAUAAGCAGCCUUGCUGAGGUGGAAAAUAUCUAUGACUUGGGAUUCUGGGGAAAUCUGCAGGAUAAUCGUUUACGCCUCUCCACUAACGCUUCAACAACUGCGCCUCCUGCGACACUGCUUGUGAACGCCCUGCAGGACACGGUCAGAAUGGCGGACCAGGCUACUGUGGAAGCAAAGCCAAAAUGUACACCGGCUGAGCUAAUGCUCAAGGUCAUCUUGGCCGGUACUUUGAGCCACUAUGAGACCCGUGGAAUGAUUGACGACAAGCGGCUAGAGCACAUGCUCUCGGCGGGAAAGCAAAUUCUGUACAAGAGUCACCAAGAGAGCGAUGUUAGACAAAAUCUUGGCUUGUCGCCUGACAUAUGGCAGGGUCUUACCGAUGUGUUGACAAAAGCCAUUCCUGUCCUCGAGUCACAAUCUUUCGCAUGGAAGAGUCCACCGUCGGCAAAUUACGACCACUCCUCUUCGAACCUCAUAGCAUACAAUUACUUUUCCCUAGUCAAGGACAUAGAACGACUAAAUGAUCUAUGCACUAUCGCGCGCAACCUUCUUGCCACUACAAAGAAAGCCCAAAAUUUAGCGGCGGAGAAAGGAUUUGAUCAACGGAUAUUGUCACUUAUAGACACAUGUGUCAGGGUAACGGCGCGAGGUUUCGAUGGAGAGACAAAUGCGAGGAAUGAAGAACGAUGGCAGAAGGUGGUCAACCUCUACAAGCGGCUGCUGAUCACAUGCUUGCAGUUCUUGCACAAUUUUAUCAUGCAUAAUGAGCAGCGUAAGAUGGUUCUAUGGCUCGAUCUUUUCGGCUAUCAUUCGACGGGCGAUUCCAAGAUCAUAAUGCCCAAGGAACCUCUCGAUCCGACAACAAGCCCUCCUAAGGGAGUCGCACCUGUCGUCAGAACAGGUGAAAGAAUCGUCAAUCCUCCAAUUAGGGCUCUUUACGAUCAGACCGCGGAAGACCUGUUGCUGGAGACCAUCUCCAAUUUUCCGCGAGAGCCAGCGACCAUCAAGGAGGAAGCUGCCAUGUUGCUUCUCGCAAACAUCAAGGAUCAUAUGGAGAAGUUACUAGGACGAGAUCUGAUGGAGAUCCAGGAAAUGGGCAAGGACCCCGAACAAGUCAAGGAAAUCAGAGCUGCUCUUACUGCUAUACUUGGCGCGAAGGUCGAUGGGUGGUCGGAUCUCAAAGAAAGGGCCCAAGAUUUACCUCCUGCACUACCUGAAGACGAAGAGCCUCGGAAGAAGCCCAUUAUCAGCAUCGAUCGCAGUUCUACAGCAGGUUUUCCACGCACAUGCUGGAGUGAUCUCCCAGAUCUAGAUGAGUUCGGUGCUCUUGCAGCAGGCGACGCUGCGGUGAUGGAAGAGGAUACUAGCAUGCCACGUUCAGCCCAGUCUGCCGCAGAGACCCUUCAGGAAGCGAAGGAUGAGCUUAUGGCACGCUUGCAAGAGACAUCGCCUAUUGUAGAAGGGGAUCAGCACUACGAUGGAACGGACGGUGGCCACCCAGAAGACGACUCGCGCAGCUUGGACGCUAUGGGAGAGGGAAGCAUGGAGGAAGAGGAGGAGGAAGACGAAGACGAUGACGAUGACUACAGGGGCCGUCCUGGCGAUCAGCAGCGUGGCCUGCUGACGGAUAUUCCCUUGGUGCUUGGCCCUGCUGAAAUCGAAGCACUCCCCAUGAUCAUUCAAGCCGGUAUAGUCGACAGCUUUGGCCUCAAGGGUGGUGAAAGAACUGGUGGUAGGAACAUGCAAGCUGUCAGGUGUCAUAUACUCCUGACACAGGAGACUGGUCGAAAUCUCCUUCGAGAGCUUCUGAUCUUCAUCGCUGCCUGGGACCUUCCAGAUGAUGAGUUCUACUUUAAGAUGAUGGUUCAGAUCAUGGAUGCCGUGCUGAAGAACGGCUUAAUGUCUCACGCGUAUUCCGACUUUGGCCAGCCCAAAGACAUCAUUUCUCCGGCUCAAGCUGUUGUCAUCAAGAUCCUCACGCAUAUCUUCAGGGCCAGGUACUCUCCCGCUUCCGUUACUGGAUCAGCGCAGUCGAGCACUGUUAAAAGUCCAGUGCCCCUGACACGAGUCGACGUCCUCACAGUGCGCUACAUAUUCACUAUUUUCCGGGGGAACAUCAUCCCAGAAACUUGCGCACUCAUCUAUCUCCAAGGCCAGAUCCGCGCUGGCCGUGCCUUGCCCGAGGACUUCCCUCUCAAUCUAUGGGAUAUGGAAAGAGUUUACGAGGGCGUUUAUCAAUUCCUGGAAUUCUUCGCCGUCCUUACUGAAAACAACGACUGGAAGAAUCUGUUGGUCAAGUGGGAAAUCGUCUAUGACCUUGUAACUUUGAUCAAGGAGUUGGAAGCCAGUAUCCCCAAGGGCAGCCUUACGUCUCUAUCUGCUGCCGCCAACGCUGCCGCCGCUGCUCGCAAUAAUGCUGCUAGAGAUUCCGAGCAGACAGCAUCAUCUCCCGGCCCUGUGGCUGUAGAACGCCCCUAUGACCCUACCGAUUCGGACCCUAUAGACACGGGCGCCGCCAGUGCAGGCUCUGGUGCCGAGUCACCACCCAUCACCGAGGAUCCGUCCGAAUUCGAGUGGAGAAAUCUCAAGAAGCUGGUCGUCUUGGUGCUUUCAUCAUUGGUGUGGAAGUGCCCUGAGGUUCAGAAUCAGAUUCGCAAGCAUGGCGGUGUCGAGACGAUUCUUUCCUGCACAGCUUUUGAUGCUCAUAACCCUUACAUCAAGGAACAUGCAGUCAUGUGCCUGAAGUUCCUCCUGGAAGGCAACCGUGAGAAUCAGAAGCUGGUUGAGGAGCUGGAAGCUCGGGAAGUUGCCAAGGAUGAGAAUGGCGUGCUGGAGAGGAGUGGAUUGGAGGCCGUGAUUGAUCAGACUGGCAAGCUGGCUCUCAAACCCAAGGAUAGGGUUGUUGAGUCUGACACGAAAUGA